AUCUGCUAACCUUUAUUUUAGGAUAUGUUGACCGUUCAGCGUGUGCGGGCUCUGCUGCUCCACUUGGGAACUACAGACUGGUCGGUGGUCACUGAUAUAAUUUCAUCCAUGGUUUCAUUCUCCGAAGCUUUCACUCUGGGCAGCAGACAGUGUACAUGGACUGGCACCCUGUGGCAAGUGACUGGAGACAACCUUGAUCUUGCCUGUUGGGACCUGUUGCUAGGUAACCUGGUUGCUAUGGAGACUGUGUUGUCGCAGGAACAGAGGAGAAAAGUGGCCGAACAUAUAGUCCAGGCUCUCCUUAACAAAGCAGAACACACAGAAUGCAAUUAUAAAACACCUAAAAGUGUAACCCAGGCUGUCCUGGAUUCAGGCGUGUUCUUUGAGACAGGAGAACUGCUUACAGAGAUAGUCACCCAACUCUGGAAGCAUGGAACUGGCACAUUGACACACAGCAGUCCGAAAAAACAUAAGAGAGCAAAGCUGGGUGGUGUACUGACCAGUUUGAGCGAACUGCUGACAGUCAUCGGUGACCAAGAGACACCUUGGCACAGGGACAUGAAUAAUGAGAGCCUGUUGCGGCUCCAGGAGUCUGCAGGCCACCUACAGCAGCUGAUGUCAGACACCGGUCAGUCUCUACCUGACAUGGACUGGACACCUUGGAUCAACAUUGGACAGAUACUGUAUCAUUUUCCAUUGGUUGAGCUGUGGCCAUGUGACCAGUUGAGGGUGCUGAUUGGUGUCCUGGCUGGGCUCUCCAUUGCUGUUAGCAAGGGUGAGGAAAGCGUGUGCAAGCUGUACCUUGAGCUGGGUACCAGGAUGUUGUCGAGCUGUGGCCGGCUCCCAAUCUUCCAGCUACUGCAUGUGCCAACCUUCCUCACCUGGAUGCUGGAACUCGUCAACAACACUGCACAGAAGCCGGACAUGUUGCAAUACAUGCUGCUGGCAGAGGUGUCAUGUCAGGCCCUGGUUGGAGACUACACAGUGCUGGAGAAGUUGACACCCCAUCUCACACAGUUGGUCGUAGAAGUUAAAACGGGAAAAACAGGAAAGCCAGGGGCCCUGACAUUGACUUUUUUCCUGCUGCAGGAGAUUUCAAGGCUGUGGAAUCGUCCAUACCUGAAUGACAGUCUGAAGUCUGCCUGUGAGGAGAUGUACGUGUUAAUGGCAAGACCUGUAUUAAAACUGGCCUCCAGUGUGAAAGAUUGCACAUACUCUCAUCACGAGUCCCUGCUGGUCCGAUCUUGCACUGCUGUGCUCACCUGUGCACAUAAAGAUACUAAAAUAAAAGAGAAUCUGUACAAAACUAUGCCAGCCAUCUUGAAGUGGUGCCACAAAGUUAUUGAUAACAGUCAUGUGUUAACACCAGCAUUACAUCAGGUCACAUGA